UGUCUCUGUUUUCAGCCCCCCGAGAAGCGGCGGCGAACUAUCGAGGACUUCAACAAAUUCUGCAGCUUUGUCCUGGCCUAUGCUGGUUACAUCCCAUCCACCAAGGAGGAGAGCGACUGGACCCCUUCGGGCUCCAGCUCCCCCCUGCGCCCGGAGAGCGUGGUGGACAGCGACGGCUGGGAGUCGACCCACUCGGACCUCCACACCAUCGAGACUUUCGUCAAGAAGGCCAAGUCCUCCAAGAAGAAGGCCUUCCGCCGCCUCAAGGCGGACAGCUCCCUGCUGGAGAAGAUGAAGCUCAAGGACUCCCUCUUCGACCUAGAUCCGGCCGGCCGGCAGCUGCCGGCGUCCCGGGCCAGCCCGCUGGGGGACAAGAGGAAGGAGAAGCGCUGCCGGCGGGCGGUUGGCGGCCCCGAGGCGGCCCGGCGCGGCUCGGGUGACUUCGGCGGGCGAGAACGCUCGCGCAUCAAAAAGGCAGAACAGAGUUGGAAAAAGCCGAAAGAAAUCAGGCCUCCUUUGACGGAACGACCGGAGGAGGGGGCGGUGGGGGGCGGCGGUUGCUGAGCCGGGGCGGGGAGAGGAGGCACCCAUCCCUGAGAGCUGCUGCCCGAGGGCGGCUUCCGAGCCCAAACGGGGGCGGGGGAGGGCAAGGAGUGCGCCAGCACGGAGACCAGGCCAGGGACGGCGAUGGCACUCCAGCGAGGAGAGAUGCGGGUCAUGGAAGACGGGAACAUGGUCGAGUCAGGGGAUGACUCGUGGGACCUGAUCACCUGCUACUGCCAGAAGCCCUUCGCCGGGCGGCCCAUGAUCGAGUGCAACCAGUGCGGCACCUGGAUCCACCUCUCCUGCGCCAAGAUCAAAAAGACCAACGUCCCUGACAUCUUCUACUGCCAGAAGUGUAAAGAGGGGGCCCGCAAAGCCGCCGCCGCCGCGCCGGCCCCCCGGGGCGGGGGGGAGCCCUAGAGACUGGGCCCCACACGGCCACCGAGCUGGAACCCAGCUGGACUGUUCCCCCCUCCCCCCCAGCCCCCCGAGCAGAGGGGAGAUUCACCCCGACAUCUGUGUGCUCACAUUGCCCCCGCCCCUGGCUGAUGGGGAUGGGGAAGUGAAACUGAGCGGCUGCUCUUUCCGGCCCCAGCAGAUGCGGGGGGGGAAUUGGGGGUGCUCUCCCCCAGCCCCCCUUCCUGGCUGUAAAUAUAGAAGGAAAGUGGAGGGGUUUAUUUUGUGUUUUUUUUUGUUUUUAAAUCUUCCCCUUCCCCCCCCCAACCCCGGCUUCCUUUUUGAAAUGGAGACUUUACUCCUGGCCCCCCAAGUAGGUGGCAGAAGUGGGGUACAGCGGGGGGGGGCAAAUCAACAAAAAAAAGGGGGGGAGGUUUGGUCAAGUUCCCACCAAGGGACCUGUUUUGAGGCUGGGCCAGUCGGUUCGAAAGACGCCCUCAGCCAGCCCCCCACCCAAGUGGUGACGGGGGGCCCUGCCGGCAGUUGGGGGGCCCUCGCCGGUCGAGGAGCAGCGGGGGGGGGCUCUG